UCAGGUUUUUCAGCGGGUAGUUUCAUUUUACUGCAGAGAAACGUCGCUGCGCAGCAACCAGCUGCAGAAAGUUUGCAGGACGUGUGCUCGUUAGUACAUUCCUGGGAGGAUUGCAAACGGGGGAGUUUGAGGGGGGGUUAACCGAAAUAAGACCCUUAUGCUUUUUCACGUGAGAAGAGGUCCUUUAUAAAGCGAAGCGGAGAAGCUUUAGACGCAUAGAGAAGGAGCUGUGUUUUACGCAAACGUGUGGCUGUGCAUCCAUCCAACCAUGGGGACGCACACAUUACCGGAGGGAUUCACGGACUUUGACAUGUUUACAUUCGGCUCUGCGCUUCUAGUUGGGGGCCUGUUAGGAUUCUUCCUCAACGCCAUCAGCAUCCUGGCCUUCCUCAGAGUUAAGGAGAUGAGAAGUCCCAGCAGCUUCCUCGUUUUCAAUCUGGCACUGGCUGACAUCAGCUUGAAUAUAAAUGGGCUCACUGCUGCUUAUGCGAGUUAUCUCAGGUACUGGCCCUUUGGCCAGGAAGGUUGUGACUAUCACGGCUUCCAAGGGAUGAUAUCAGUUCUGGCUUCCAUCAGUUUCAUGGCUGCAAUUGCUUGGGACAGAUAUCACCAAUACUGCACCAGGCAGAAGCUCUUCUGGAGCACAUCUAUAACAAUAAGCCUCAUCAUCUGGAUCCUCUCAAUUUUAUGGUCUGCUUUUCCACUUAUGGGUUGGGGCGUCUAUGACUUUGAGCCUAUGAGGAUUGGCUGCACUCUGGACUACACCAAAGGAGAUCGGGACUACAUCACCUACAUGCUGUCUCUGGUGUUCUUCUACCUGAUGUUCCCGGCUUUCAUCAUGUUGUCAUGCUACGAUGCCAUCUACAAACACUUCAAGAAGAUCCACUACUACAGGUUUAACACUAGCUUGCCCUUAAGGGUUAUGCUAAUGUGCUGGGGUCCAUACGUCCUCAUGUGUAUCUACGCCUGCUUUGAAAAUGUCAAACUCGUCUCUCCGAAGCUGCGAAUGUUGCUUCCUGUCAUUGCAAAGACAAACCCCUUCUUCAACGCUCUCCUCUACUCAUUCGGGAACGAGUUCUACCGAGGCGGUGUGUGGAACUUCCUCACCGGACAAAAGAUUGUGGAGCCAGACGUUAAGAAGUCAAAACAAAAAUAAAAAAACCUAAUAUGAUUUUUAAAAGCAAGUGAAUGCAAGAUGGACUUAGAUUUUUAAAUCCAGUUUAAUAUAUGUUCAGCAUGAAAACAGUGUAGUUGGCUUUCUAAUUUCUUAUUUUCCGACUCUUGGUAAAUUUGCAGACCCUUUUUUCUGUUUGAAGCAAACCCUACGCUGCAAUUAUGCAUUAUUUUGGUGCCGCUCCUCCAUCCGCACUCAUUAACACCCACAAUAAACGGAUGCUGCUACUCA